CUGAAGGACACUGUUUCUAAGCCCUUACUGAUUGGAAUCAGUGGUGGGGCCGCGUCAGGAAAGACUGAAGUGUGUCGUAAAAUCAAGGAGGUGUUAAGCAAGAAGUCCAAUGGAAAACAAGCUGUCAUCUUGUCACUUUCUUCGUUCUAUCGUGACUUGACGCCUGAAGAAAGACUCCUAGCGGAAAGCGGUGAUUUCGAUUACGAUCAUCCGAAUUCGUUCGAUUUCAAAUACUUACUGGAGGUGUUGCGGAAGAUUAGGCAACGGGAGGAAGUCACUUUGCAGAUAUACGACUGUUCUUCACAUGCCAACACCCCAAACUGUCUCGAGAUACCGUCGGAUGUUGAUGUCGUAAUAGUGGAAGGUAUAUUGACUUUUUAUCAAAAGGAAAUCAGGGAUAUCUUCAACAUAAAGAUUUUCAUUGAGUCUGAUUUUAUUAUUGACUUCACAGUGCUGAGUGAUGUUUUGGACAACUAUUUUAAAUACGUGAAACCAGCAUUCGAGGAAUUUUGUCUUCCGGAUGGCUUUUGUCAAACCAGGAGAUCUAAUCAUGUCUGGAAGGUCGAAGGGCAGAAGUCAGACGAAAUCCUGUCUCCCGGUUCUCCAGGUUGGGGGUUCGACUAG